UCCUGCCAGACAUCAAUUAUCUAACCUCUUAAAAAGCUUUUCCGUUUCUUAAUUAUGUCUUGCUAUUGAACAGCCAGAAUUAAAACAAGUCCAAGAACUGCUAGCCAUGUGGAAUAUUUUGCUUGUGUUGUUUGCAGUUUUUCAAGGAGUGCUCAGUAAAGAAGCGACAUGUUCUCAAGAUGCAUUUCGAGCGUGCAUGCAUCUCUAUCCCAAAACUCAAAUGGAUGAAAUUGGAGUAGCUCCAGAUGAAGAUGAGCUCACUGCUGUGUGCCCGAGUGCUUAUGAAUUCUUUGAUUGCAUUAAGAAUUUUGUGUCAGACUGCUUCCUACCAGGUGACGAAACAACAGAGUCUUUGUUGGUAACGGGUGACCUUGUUAAGGAAAUCUGCGAUGAGGAUUCAGAUAUUCACAAAGAUUACAUUCACAGUGUCCAGUGUUAUAAAUCUCUUGAGAAAUCGAAUGUGGGUGCUUUUUGCGAGAGGCGGGCUGAAGCACUUUAUAAUGCUUACCUUCAUUUCUUGAGAGAAGAAGUUGAAGAUGUGGAUGAUGCUGACAGAACUCGUCACAGAUACUGCAUUGAAACAGCUUAUAAAAUUGCUUGCAUCUCCCUGUCUAUUUUGGAAGAUUGUGAUGAGGUUGCCUAUUUGACGUUCCUAGAAGUGGUCCAUCGGUCCCAUUCAAUGAGGACAAUUUGUUCUGAAGAUGUGAUUGAAGAGCUGAAUACAAUGUUUCUGGACUUCAUGGAAGAGGACGAUGCUGAAAGAAGACUACUAACUUUGGCCUUCGAUAUUAAAAGAAAAUGAAAGAUUUUGAAUAAUGAAAUAGACAAAACUAUCUUUUGUUAAGCGGUAAACUGCUUUGUGUGAAAAAGAAAUGAUUUAAUAAAGUACAAGCAUUUGUUGAUUUCCUUAUUGCAA